CUCUAUAUAUACUCAUCACUUUCAAUCAUUUUCAUUCACAACUCAUCUCUUCUCCUACUCUCUCUACUUACUCUCUCUACUUAAUUCUUUAAUUACGCAAUUAUUCUCUUAAUUACAUAAUUAGUCUUUUAAUUAUUUCUUAAUUUAGUUAGUUACAUAAUUAAUUAUUUAUUUAUUUCUUAAUUCUAUAUUUCUAUUAUUACUUCAAUAUUAUCAAUCAUGUCUUCAUUUUUGAAAAAAUCCACAAAAAAAGUUACUAAAGUGGCAAAAUCAUUGGGAGGUUCCAGUUCGUCCAAAAGAAAGGCCACUUCUACUCCGUCGGUAUCAACAACACCUUCCAUUAGUAAUUAUAAUUAUGAACAUAAUUAUCCGGAAGGGUACGACCCGGAGUUACAUAAUUAUGCAGAAGAAAUGGAAAGAGAAAUACAAAUUGAUGAAGAAGAAGAACAAGAAGAGGAACCAACGACCCCAAUUGGGAUAAAUAUAUCUCGACAGUCAUCAACAAGAUCACAUGAAGAACAAGGAGAACAAAGACAACAAAGACAAGCUCGUGGUAAACGAGUCAAUUUCCAAACUAUCGAUGAAGAUGAACCAGUAAGACAACCUUUUCCGGCAAUGCCACCUCCUAGUGGUAGAGCUGUUUCACAUGUGUGGUCGUAUUUCACAAAAAAACCAACCGAGAAUCCAGAUAUUUUCUUAUGCACUUGUCAAAUUUGUGAAAGUCAAGGAGUAAAGCCCUUAGUUUCAUACAGUUUCGCCAGAGGUGGUGGUACGUGAUCUUUUAACAAACAUUUGGCAAAGAAGCAUGGAAUCACAAAAGAAACUCAUGCAGCAAGCGGGAGCGGGACCACAAGUGGAAGCCGACAGACACAAUGGGACAUUCCCAUCACAGGUAUGCCUUUUAGAUACAAUCGUAAUGACAUGAUUGAUGAAUUUUCUAGGUAUGUAACUUGUGAUGAAUUGCCUUUUAACCACGGUGAAAGUAGGGCAUACGAGCGUCUCAAUAGAAAAACUUUGCAACCACAAUAUAGAGCAAUCCCUAGGAGCACUCUUAAAAGACGCACAAUUAAAUUAUACGAAUCAAUGCGCUAUGAAUUAGUUGAAAUGUUUAAAUCGUUUAAUGGUAGGGUUAGCAUAACAACUGACAUUUGGUCUGCUCCCCCACAUUUAGAACCUUAUAUGUGUGUAACAGCACACUGGAUAGAUCGAAAUUGGAUUAUGCAAAAAAGAAUAAUUGCUUUUGAGACAAUGCCAGAAAGACAUACCGGUGAAAACAUAAAAUAUAGAUUAGUAGAGAUAUGUAGAGAAUGAAACUUAUUAGAUAAAAUAUUUUGUUGUUCAACUGAUAAUGCAACCGCGAACAUUAAAUGUAUAGAACUUUUGUUUAACGAACCUGCUUUUAGUUUAAUCCUUGGGGGUAGCUUAUUACACAUACGUUGUUGUGCGCAUAUAAUUAACUUAUCUUGCCAAGCAGGCAUAAAACAAUUAAGUGAUUUAUUAGAACCAAUUAGGGAUAUAGUGAAAUGACUUAGGAUCGGAAAAAUAAAAAGACGAUAUAAACAAUUAUGUGACCAAUACCAACUUAAAAAAGUGUAUUGGUCAUCAGAUACUCCUACACGUUGGGGCUCAACCAACGAUUUAUUAAGAAAGGCGAUUGCUUAUCGUCCAGUAAUAACACAACUAUAUAGUGAGUGUACAGAUAGUUUCAUAGCUGAUGACACUUGGGAAUUAGCUAUAGAUGUACAUAACAUAUUAGAAGCGUAUGACCACGCGACUAAGAUUUUUUCUUAUGUUUAUGAACCGAACGUUCACUUAGUAAUAAGUGAAUGUAUUACUAUUUUUUAUCAUCUCCUUAAAUAUACACAUGAAGAUACUAACCCAAAAUUGAGGCCGAUUCUUGCAGAUAUGAUGGAAAAAUGGCAAGCAUAUUUUACCGAUUUUCCUUAUAUUUAUGGAAUCGCAACCAUUUUGGACCCACGUUUUAAAACUGAGGUCCUUACUAAAGUAAUAGGAUUUUAUUAUCAAUCGUUAGAUCGCCCGUCUACUGAUGUACAUAAUUAUGUAGGAACAUGUAAAAAAUAUUUAGCAGAACUCUAUGAUUUUUACGCUAGUGUAUAUAACCCGAAACGCGAUAUGUCUAGGCGUGCUAGCGUUUCGGCACGUCCCUCUUACUAUAAUUCGGUAAUAUCUAACAUAAUGACUCAAGAUGAUAGUUUUCUAGGAUCAUCUUCUUCUUCCUCGACCUCAUAUUUAGAACUAGAUAGUUAUCUUAAACACCACUUUGAAA